UUUUCCGAGAAAUGAGAAAAAAAUGCAAAAAUAAGGCGAAAAAUGUUUUUAUCCGCUCCGACGAAAAAAACUUUCCUUCCUUCAAUGGAAGCGGGAAUUGCUCUCCUCCGCGACUUCCUUCCCUCCGACAGCCGUCGCCUUCGCCUCCGUCGUCGUCCGAGCCCUGCUUUCCCCCGCUCCAUCAGGGCUUCUUCAUCUCCGCUGUACAGAGGACCGCAGCCGAAGAGAGAUCUCGUCGCCGACUGGGUCGCGGACAACGACGGAUUCGUCCGGAGCUUGCCUAUUUACGUCGGCGGUUCGUCCCUGUUGGCCGUCCUCUUCAAUCGCACCGUCUCUGGUAUCGCUCCCGUGGCCGAUGCGAGCAGUGCGCAGUCGAGAGCGGAUUUGUUGACGCUCGGGCUAGCCGUCACCAAUGUACUGGCCGGCCUCGUCUGGUUGUCUAUUAGGCCGAAACCUAUAUCUGUGGUGGAACCGCUGGGUGUGGAAUGUAGGAGAAUACGUUCGGACUUGCCCGAAUCAGUAGUAUCCGAGUUGUUAUGGGUGUGGGAAUCUCUGUCCACGGUGACAUGCUGCAGGUCUUUGGCCAUUAUUUAUGAUGGCCAUUGCAUCAUGCAAAUUGGCAUGGCAGCUAAAUCAUCUGCUAAUGAUGGUGAAGCAGAGGAUGUGGAUGCAAAUAAGCUGAUGCAAGGAUCUCUUUAUCAAGGCAUUAUAAAUUCGAGAGCUCAGAGUUACUUGGCCAACCUAUCUCUUUAUCCUGGGAGGUCUGAGCUGCCUUUUUUGCCCUUUAACACUCAGGCAGUGAUCUUGCAACCACUUGGAGACAAAGGGGUUGCAGUAAUUGGCGGUGACACAAUCAGGGGCUUCACUACGUCUGAUCAGACAUGGAUAACAUAUAUUGGAGAGAAGCUGGAUGCGGCACUUGCAAAAUAUGUAAAUGACAGUUCAAUCCUUAUGCAGGAAAGAGUUUGACUCUGACACCAAUAAAUGGUUUACUUGUGUAUGCAACGUUGGUUUUUGGUUGAUCUUGGGAAGGUUCUUUGUGUAUUGAGACUGAACUUUAAGUUGUGUUUCCAAUAUAUGAAGUUCAAA